CGAACACGUCCUAUCAGUCGAAAAGUCGGAAACCUAACGAACCGAUGAAAAUAAUCGGUAAAAAAUGAAGGUUAAGUUUUCUAAGCAUUACACAUGUUCUCCGAAAUUCUCCACCGGUUUUUCCAAGCCAAUUGACAAUAAUCAUAAUGAAAAAAACAUUUGUUCAGUGAUAAUUUUGGAUAUUGUUUGACAUUGCUGUCGUCCAAGGGAAUAUAAUUAUUCAAAUCAUCAGGAUGAAUAAAAUUUAUACGCCUUUACAUAGCCAAGCACGACGAUGUUCCUCCCUGAUGCUGAAGCGAGCCAAACCUCUUAUUAAAUUGAGCGAAAAUAUAAGAGAAUCUCUUGAGAAUAAGGAAAUAACACCGCGAAAACAUGCUGGUGUUGUGUUGAGAAAAGCAAUAGCCAUUCCACAAUGGGUUAUAAACGCGUUAAAAAUCAUUGUUGAAGAUCACCCAAAACAGCAAUUGAUGGAAGACGCUUCAAAAUUCUACAGACAUUUUCAAGGUCGUCAUCCCCCAACCGAGAGAGAAGAAUUUAAUGCGAAAUUCGAAGACAUAAAGAGAAAUCUCCGGCAAGAGAAACGCUAUGAAAAUGCAAUGCCAGAAGACGAGGAGGAGAUUGAUAAAGCGGUAUCUGGUCGAGCCCUUCGGCUUCUAAGAGUAAAUGUCCAAUACAAUUCGUCUGCUAUUAAAUAUGACAGUUAUACCAGCAUACUGUAUAUGAUGGCGAGAAGUGCACCUGAUUAUAGUAUUAUAUACAAAAUAUUCCAUGAAAUCAAAUCAAGAGAUGACGGGUUUGAGGCGAAAAAUUUGCUGGAUUUCGGAUCUGGAAUUGGUACUGUUUCUUGGGCAGCAGCUGAAUUUUGGCCGACGUCAUUGAAGGAACAAGUGUGCAUCGAUGCCUCUACAGAUAUUAGUGAAUUAGCGGAAAAACUAGUAAAAUAUGCUGAACCGAAAAUUCACGGAAUAUUUCAUCGACAGUUUCUUCCCGUAACUCCAUUGCCACGGUUUGACAUUGUCGUCAGUGCUUUCACAUUAUUCGAGUUACCAGAUCGAAAGAGUCGUCUUCAAGCGAUUUUAGCUUUAUGGAGGAAAACAGAAAAUUAUUUAGUCCUCGUAGAGCAAGGCACUCAUGCUGGAUUUAAAAUAAUCAACGAGGCCAGAGAUCUAAUUUUACAUUUAAUAGAAUCUUCUAGUAAACGAGAAGACGAUCCACAAGGCUAUAUUUUUUCUCCAUGUCCCCAUGAAUUCAAGUGCCCAAAAAUAUCGGUUGACAAUGGUAUUCCAUGCAAUUUUCAAGCGUCUUACAUACCUCUCUCCUUGAAAGACGCAAGAAUCACAAGAAAAGAGCGUUAUUCUUAUGUCGUAUUUAAAAAAGGAGGAAAAUGUUUAGAUGAAAAUGAGGAAAAGUGGUCCAGGGUAAUUCAACCGACGUUGGUACGUUCAAGGCAUGCGAUUUGUCGCAUGUGCGUACCGAAUGGAGAAUUGAUGGAAGUUGUCUUCUCCAAGGGAAAACAUGAACGACCUCUGUAUUAUUGCGCGCGUUCGAGUGAAUGGGGUGACAGAUUACCCAUCGAAAUAUUGCCUGAAACCCAAGAAUGACGCUGAUGUUAGGAGAAUUUCGGAAGACUCGACUGUUUUGUAAAGAUUUUAAUACGUGUAGAAAAAAAAUCAAUUGAAAAACCUAGUCAACUGUUGAGUGAAAUUCUAUCGGAUUUCUAUUGAGCUUGCCAUUUUUUUUUUGACAGAUUCUACAAGAAUGGUAAACUCAUCGCGAGUUCAAUAACCAUUCGAAGGAAUUCCUCAACCAAUUCACUACGUUAUUCCAUUUUUACUACGGUAUUCAUUGAUUGUAUGAUUUAUGUAAAAAAAACUCCAUAAACCAAUUGUCAAUAAAUAUUUUCCAAUUGUGAA